CAGGGAGUUUGAUGGUGGCGUCUGGCAGCGAAGAAUGUUAUUCGGACAGUUUAAUAUGCGUGCCAAAAUCGUGUAGGCUCCUGCAAGUCGGCGAAAGUGCUACCUGCGAGUCGAUUGCGAAAUCCGCAUCGAAUGAAACGAAUCCAAUCAGCCUAGCACAAUUAAGUACGUGGAAUCCAAACAUUCUCGGAGCUUGUGAUUUCUUAGUGAAAGACCAGUAUAUAUGUAUAGAAGCGCCCGGGGGCUCCUUGGUUGGACCACCACAAGAUGAUAUACCUGAUGAUACCGGGGGUCCUGUUCGACGGGGACCAGGCAGCACCAUUACCCUGCCGAUCAUCGAGAAUCCAGAUGUGCCACCAGAACUUGUGCAAGAAGGCAUUGCCGCUGACUGCAUUCGAUAUGUGGUGGCCAAUUCGACCGCUGCUUCAUGCUGGAAGAUCUCCAAUGACGGACAGGUUACGCAGGCUCGUUUGUUCGAGCUUAAUCCUGUUCUUGGAGAGCAUGGAGAGAACUGCGGCACGAUGAUUUGGCUGGAAUACGCCUAUUGUGUUGCUACUAGCAAAGACCUUCCAACCACAACAAGUGUAGCUAGCUCGACCACAUCUAACCCCCCAACGAGCACAUCAAAUCCCAAGCCCACUGCAACAAGGGAGGGGAUUGCGGCAAACUGCAACAAAUGGGCGAUAGCAGAAACCGGCAUAGGUUGCUAUGAUAUGGCUGCAAAUGCAGGUAUCGAACUCUCCUUGUUUUACACAUGGAAUCCCAUUCUCGGUGCUGCUGGUGAAAACUGUGGCACGGAAAUCUGGCUAGAUUACUAUUAUUGCACUGGCGUGUCUGGUUCGACCACAUCCAAAGCACCCACGCCAACGUCCGUGACGCCACCAAAGCCGACAAAUACACAAGCAGGAAUCCCUGCUAGCUGUACGAAGUUCUAUGAGGCGAAGACAGGGGAUAGUUGCUGGCAGAUUGCGGACGACAAUGGUAUAGAGUUGAGUUUACUUUACUCCUUAAAUCCUAUUCUCGGAGCGGCUGGCGAGGGUUGCGGGACGCAGCUUUGGCCGGAAUACUCUUAUUGCAUAGCAACGUCGUAG